AUGACGGACAAUCCUCCAAUUGAUAUCACGCAUUCACGAGAUCUUAAUGAAAAUGACACUUCAGGAACCGCUCGGUAUAGACAGGACCAUCAAGAGAAAGCCCCCGAGUCCCAGUUACACCAAGAACAAGACCAAGAUGUUGAGGACAAAUACAAACAAGAUGUUUCUCCAGAUGGUGGCUAUGGCUGGGUUUGUGUUGUUUGUGUCUUUUGGAUAAAUGCCCAUACCUGGGGAAUCAAUAGUAGCUACGGCGUGUUCCUUUCAUACUACCUCUCGCACAAUGUCUUUCCAAACUCCACCGCAUUAUCAUACGCCUUCACCGGUGGCCUGAGUAUAUCCUGUGCGCUUCUCGUCGCACCUCUAGCCACAUAUCUUAUCCAUGUCUGUAGCACUCGAUUUGUGCUGAAUGUAGGCGUCUUCUUCGAGACCCUAUCUCUAAUCGGAUCCUCUUUCGCCACGCAAAGGUGGCAUAUUUUUCUGAGCCAGGGCGUCUGUUUCGGAUGGGGAAUGGGCUUCCUGUUCGUGGGCAGCGUGGGCAUCGCGCCGCAAUGGUUUUCCAAGCGACGAGGUCUUGCAAUGGGCAUCACCGCAGCAGGCUCAGGUCUUGGAGGGUUGAUUUACUCCCUCGCAGUAGGCGCCAUUCUACCACGACUCGGACUCGGCUGGGCCUUCCGUAUCUUGGGUAUAACCUCUUGCGUUGUGAAUCUGGUUUGCGGAAACCUGCUGCGAGAUCGCAACAAGGCCGUUGGAAGCCGCCUCAGAGCCUUCCAUCUCCCUCUGCUCAAACGACCCGAGUUCAUUCUCUUCCUUGGAUGGGGUGUGUUCAGCAUGCUGGGUUAUGUCGCCCUGCUCUUCAGUGUAGCCAACUUUGCCCUCUCCGUCGGCCUCACAUCUCACCAGGGUAGUAUCGUCAGCGCCCUACUCAACCUGGGGCAAGGUCUCGGACGACCAUUUGUGGGCAUGUUCAGCGAUAAACUCGGCCGUAUCAACGUUGCCGCCUUGCUCACGUUCUUCUGUGGCUUGUUCUGUCUCGUCAUUUGGAUCUUCGCUCACAGUAUGGGGUUGGUUUGCUUUUUUGCCAUCCUCGUCGGCACAGUGGCAGGUACCUACUGGGCUACUGUAUCCCCCGUGCUUGCUGAGAUCAUUGGGUUGAGAGAUCUUCCCAGCGGGCUUAGCAUCACCUGGCUCACCCUCGUUCCGCCAACGACUGUUUCUGAGGCCAUUGCGCUGGUCCUUCGAGACAACAAAUCAAAGGGGUCGGAGUAUUUGAAAGUCCAGAUCUUCACGGGCUGCGUGUACAUUGGUGGUGCUUUGUGUUUGUGGGUGGUGAGAGGAUGGAAAGUGGGAGAUGUCGCGAGGUCUCAGCAGGAGAAACUUGCCGCGACCCCAGAUAAUAAUGCUGGCUGUCUCACAGACAACCCACGCGCAGAAACAGACCAUGAUGCUGGUAAUCAUGAGAGGAACCAAAAUCAGUCCUCGACUGCUCCUGCAGUGACCUCCAUAAAUCCUUGGUCCCUACUCGCUUUAUUGCGCGGGAUGGUGGCUUUGAAAAAGGUGUAA